AUGGCCAAAUUCAUUCAUGGUUACAACCUUGAGGUUGAUCCUGUCGUCGGCUCUAUCAGCGAUGAUAUCUUUGUCAAAUUCUCAGCAGUGAAGCCCAACAUUGCGCAAGAGUCCAUUUUGGAAGAAAAUGGACGAACUUAUGCAGGAUACAAAAAGAACGCAUACUUCCUGCCAAACGAUGCUGAAGAACAAGCUCGCCUCGACUUCCAGCACGAAUUGUACCUCGAGGUUACUGGCGGCCAGCUUGGAAUUGCCCCCGUUAAAUCGCCCCAGCACUGUCUCGACGCCGCCACCGGCACCGGCAUAUGGGCGAUUCAAUACGCACAAAAGAAUCCGGAUUGCCAAGUGGUUGGCACCGACCUCAGCCUGAUCCAAGGCGGGCAGGUGACCCCAAACUGCCGCUUUGUUCAACAGGACCUAGAAAAUGAGGACUGGAUAUUCGAACAUCAGUUCGAUCACAUCCAUUUUCGAUAUGUAGUUGCUUGUUUUGACGAUACGCCAGCCGUCAUAAAGAAAGCGUACGACUGCUUGAAGCCGGGAGGAUGGAUCGAGUUUUACGACGUUCUGCCCAUCGUCGUCCCGCUAGACGACAAUGUCCGUGGCACUGCUGUAGAGCAGUGGUAUAACUUAAUUCUCCAAGGUGCUCUUACUGCUGGUAGAGAUAUGUCAAGGCCCGAAAGGUACGCGAGGUGGUGUGAGGACACUGGUUUUGUCAAUGUGACCGAAAGACGGUUCCCCUUUCCCAGCAACGGCCUCUGGCCGAAAGAUGCCACCAUGAAGAAGAUUGGAAAAUACUUUAUGAAGAUCCAAAUAGGCUUGGUAGGCAGUUUGAACAAGUUUGUUCGUUUGGCUGGUCUAUCUGUCGAGGAGGCGGCUAGCCUCGAGGCGCGAGCCAAGGAGGACCUGCGCGAUCCCAAGAUUCACUACUACGUGAACAUCUGCAUGAUCUACGCCCAAAAGUCGCUCAAUGCGUAA